AAAAUAACAAGACUUAAAAUAGGAAGAGCAACUUGGAAAUGCAGUCAACCUCAUCACCUCCGCUGCCCAAAUGCCCUUACGCUCUCCCCAACCCUUCUCAUCACUUCUUCCACCAGCCCUCCAAAAACCCUAACACCCUCUCCCUUCCCCAAAAGCCCCAAACCCACUUCACCACCCACUGUGCCCUCUCCAUAUCCCACACCAACAGUUGCAGCAGAGACCACCCAGUAAACCAGAACCACAAACGCAGCCACCGGAGCACCGAUUCCGACCCAUAUCACUACGACGCACUCUUCCUCCAAUUCAACUCCUCCGGCGACACCAGCACCAGCAACGACGAAGGCCCGGAAAGCCCAUUUGAAGAUCAAGGCGAAGUUCACAGGGGAGUUUCGUCGAACAUGUGGUGGGCAGACUUGAAAGCCGCAUUGGGGCAGAGACUGAACUUUGGGGCCAUAAUGUUUUCGGCUAGGGUGCUCGCCAAAGACCAGCACUUGGCUCUGCCUCACGUUUCGGUGCCUGAUAUAAGGCACAUUGAUUGGGUUGAGCUUCACAGGAGGGGCUUCAAGGGCGUUGUGUUUGAUAAGGACAACACUCUCACUGUGCCUUACUCUUUGACGCUUUGGGGUCCUCUUGGGUCCUCAUUGGAGCAAUGUAAAUCAGUUUUCGGUCCAGAUAUUGCGGUCUUCAGUAACUCCGCUGGGCUGAAUGAAUAUGACCAUGAUGGUUCGAAAGCUAGGGAGCUUGAAGGGGCUAUUGGAAUUAAAGUCAUAAGGCAUAGAUUGAAGAAACCGGCUGGGACAGCUGAAGAGAUCGAGAAGCAUUUUGGUUGUAAGUCGUCGCAUCUUAUUAUGGUGGGUGAUCGACCCUUGACUGAUAUUGUCUAUGGGAAUCAAAAUGGCUUUCUAACUAUCUUAACUGGACCUUUGAGUCUUACUGAGGAGCCAUUCAUUGUCAGGCAGGUGAGGAAACUAGAAACAGCCCUUGUGAAUAGUUGGUCUAGGAAGGGGUUAAAACCCAUGAGUCAUAGGUUGUUGCCAGAUGGCAUGCAGUGUGUGAAACAUCCACCACCUCUGUAAGAACUACUGUUGAAUGUUAAUUUAUUCAGGAACAAAAAUUCUUGUA